CGGUCGAAUCGAAAAAAAAAUAAAUCAGUACUAAAAUACAUAUAGAGAAAGAAAGACGGACGAAGAGAAGGAACGAUUUUCAGUGAGCGGUUUACAACAAUUUGGGUUUAAAACAAUAAAAAAAAAUAAGAAAAUUAUUACAUUUAAUUUAAUAAAACCCAGUGCCGUAUUUUGCAUUCGAGCAUCUUGGAUAUCGUGUUAACAGUGAUGGAGUGAUCUUACCAUAUUUCUGAUUGGGAUUUUAAGAAAUACUCUUCAGUGGAUGGAUUUUUUUUGUUAGUUCGUAGUUCAGCGCUUUUUCAGUUCCACACACAUGAGGGACAUGCUGCAGCCUAGGAAUAUCUUUCUUCUGACUGCGGUCCUCCUCCUCAUCGCUUCCAUUCAAGGAGAUGGAGACAUCGAGUCUUCGCCGAGGCAGAGGAGACAGAGCGGACAAGAUGUCACAACAGUCUUACUGGUGGAUAGUCAUGGUCGGUCAACUUUCGGCCGUUUCCUGAGCGUAAAACCGGACGUGGGUCUUCUAACUUCCACAGCCCGUACCUUCAUACAGGAGGGUGUGACUACCGAGUACGCAACGCAAGUGCUCGGUACGACCCUCGACAACGGACGUUUGUACGCGCACUUAUUGACGAAAAGCUCUAGAGUACUGUACGAUAAUGACUCGCCCACUCGCUCUUAUAACGAUAAGAAGAAGUGGAACAUCGAUCAGAAUCUCAUCGACAAAGGCAACUUCGUCAAGAACACCGAUUACAUCUCCCCGAAUCAAGUCGACAAACCCUUCGUCGUUUUUCCUACCACCAAACCCGACCUCUAUAAAUACAAAGAAACCUUCAGCGAAGAAGAACUUCUCUCUCAAUCAUCGAACAACGCGCGAGUACCAUUCGCCAAAGAUUCCGAUAGAAACCAGAACAACGUGAAGGUCUUCCAAAUCCAUCCUCAGAAACACAUCGAUCUGAUCAGGAAAGAAGAAAACGAUGAAAUCAAUGUUAUUAGCAAAGAUGACAUUGAGGCCUCCAAAGUAAAAGAAUGGGACAAUCUGCCUACAUUCACAGUUCGAAACGAAUUCUCGCCAAGCGGCUUUAGCUUCUUAGGAGAUCUUCCAGAAUACGAUGUGAAUACCGAAAAAUCUAAGCCAACAACUGCUGCAGACAGAAAAGCCAAACUCCUGUUCCGUGGAGGAAUUCCUAACAAGCAAGACUUGAAAACAGUAACCUAUACAGGCUUCGCCGAUUUCACAACGACUGUAGGCGAUACCGUCAUUGUAUUUACGCCUCAAACUGAAGAACCGUUAAAAGAAAUCAACAACCAAGUGACCAAAAUUAAAGGCGAAGCUACAUUGAUUGAACCCCAAAUCGCAACCAAAUUGAAAACCUUCCUAACGCACGAACCAGGAAUUGCCACUAAAACAGUUGAAGGCCACAAAUUGACCAUGCAAACUCUCCUUCCAACCAUGGUUAUAGACGCUGCAACCCGUAAAGCUAAAAACGAGCAACUCGAUAAAUACCACGUAGAAGAUCAAACCGAAAUGGAAGAUGAAGCUGAAGCAGUGACCGAAGCAGAAACAGAAUCUGAAACGCAAGCCGAAACUGAAACGGAAGCCGAAGAUGAAGCGGAAAUUGAUGAAGACGAAGAACAAGAGGAUGAAGAGCACGAAGAUAAUGAAGCUAAGUUGUCGGUUCUUUUUGAAGAGCAGAAACCGACUCCCGUGUUGACUACUAUUGAGACAACAGAAACUGCUACGAUUAAAUUCACCGAUGAUAUUAUUCAAUCAUCCGAAACGCAACUUCCUCCGAUGCUGUCGCGACCAUCCGAAGAGGAAAUAUCUAAAUUCUUCAAUAUACUGCAACAGCAAGAAGCUCAGAAGGAGACUCAACCUUUGAACACGGCUUCCACUAUAUUCUAUGAUGAAGAACCAAGUACCAUGAAAGAAGCGUUCGGUGGAGCCACUACUAUCUUCUUUGAGGAUGAGCCAACUUUGAUUGCGCAAACCACAGAAUCUCAGGAAGAAUAUGCUACCACAACUGAAGAGGAGGAGGAAGAAGAAGAAAUUUUAGAGAGACAAACCACUGAAAACGCUGUAGCUCAUACUACUCACAAAGAACCUGAGACGACCACUCAUGAAGAACCCACUACUACAACGACGACAACAGCUAAAACCACAACAACAGAGCGUGAGGAAGAAGUUACCACUCAAGAGCAGCAAGAGGAACCUGCAACUGAAGCGCAACCCACUGAAAAUGAAGAAGAAUGUGCGGAUGGACAGAAGAUUGUUCCUGUAACUUUGCUGAAAACUUUGACUUACGUUACUACUUAUUUCAUUCCAUUGGAAACAAACAACGUGGAAUCUACUUCUACUUCAGUCAAAUUCAACGAGGUCGUUUCAACUGAAACCACUUUCAAUACCAUCGAUUGCACUGUACUUCCUUCCAUUGUUGAUACCACUAUUAUUCCAAGCGAAAUAAUCACAACGACCACCGAAGAAAUUACAACAACUGAAUCCGAACCAACCACAACUGAACAGUUAACAACUACUGAAGCUCUAGAAACGACUCCUUUCGAAAUUACUACAGAGAGGAGACACGUUACCGAAUCCGAGCCAGAAACUACUGAAUUAACCACCGAUAGUGGAGAGGAAAUUGAACUACUUUUCAAGACCUUAUACACAACUUACACGUACUUGACCACCUUCUUCCAAGAAUCGACAUCUUCGAUUUCGAGCAGAAAAGUUGUGGUGACCAAUGUGAUCACGUCCACGAUAGAACCUGGCAUGGAGAUGUCUGAUGAUGCUGUGAAAGGAUUAGUAUCUGGUGGUGACUUCAAAACUAAAGCUGUAAGUUUCGAAGAUUUCGAAAUCUCGCCGAGCGCCGUCGGUAUUGGCAGUGCCACAAAUUUGCCGGUUUUGAAUGAAGAACAGGAAAACGCAGUAGAGGCUACCCCUGCUUUGAGUGAUGAUCUCGUAAAUACAGCGAUUAAAACUUAUUAUACAACGUACACUUAUUUCACCACGAUUUUCGUUGAUGGCGAAACUGAAAUCUCCAGUCGCACUGAAGUUUACACGAAUUUUGUGACACCAACUCAAGCGGUUGAAGAAAUUAAACCCACUGUAACGGUCAGAUUCGGAGACGAUGAAGGAAUAAUAACUGAUGAUGAAUCUUUGCUGAAGAGUAAAAUACAAGCUCUGAACAUUUCGCCGGAUAACGCUUAUAACAGUACGAUUAACAGGCAGAAAUCUGAGAAUGAAAAUAUUAUUUUGGAUAACAAUAUACUGCAAAGUAAGAAUUAUCAUGCCAUUGAGGGAACGACAACAGAUUCUAAUGAUUUAUUAGAUUUGAGCGAGUACGAAACUAUUUCUACUAUGGUCACAGAUGUACGAAGCAGUACUUCUGAAGGCGACAAAAGGGUGAUUAAUGAAAAUUCCAAUGGAGAAGGCAAUGUUUUGUUGGAUGAUCAAAUUGUAUCGGAAUCCAAUAACGAGUCCGAAAUUAUUCCAUCGCCCACGCUUCUUUUGCAAACCAGUUACACAACAUUCACUUAUUUCACUACUAUGUAUCAAGGAACCACGGCCAGCAACGUCGUAAGUCGCUUGGAAACAGUGACUAAUGUUGUAACAGAAACUUUAACUCCAACUAAAAGUUUAUCAGUAGAAGAUUUGACUCUACCCAUAACAUAUUACACAACUUACACUUAUUGGACUACGCUUUACAAAGAUGGAACUACUAAGAUUACCAAUCGAGAAGAGACUGUUUCCAAUAUUGUCAGCCCAACUGAAACUGCUAAGAUCGAGCCGACAGUGUUGAAUGAUUUAAUAAAACCCACGCAAGUCGAUGGUGAAGAUUUAACAACUUUUUAUACUACUUUCACCUAUUUCACUACAGCUUAUAAUGGAAGCAGCUCAGUAAUCAACAGUCGGUUGGAAACUGUUACAAAUAUUUUGAAUAAAACUGAAGAGAUUGAAUCUAAUCAUAUAGCAAGAGCAAUUGGGCAAGCUAAUGCCAAUAAAAUUGAGGAAGAGAAACCAAAGCCUACUGAAAUUUUACCAUCAAUUAGACCAACUGGAUUAUUGUCUACAAUUGCUUCAACAGUAGAAAAUGAAGGUAUUAAAACUAUUUUAUCCACUGAUGUAUAUGGAACAUAUAUUGAUGGACUUUACGCAAAGGUAUUGGAGAGUACCGAAAUUAUAGUUACUCCUACUGUGGCUCCUUCUGAGAAACUCAAACCAACUGGUGUUGUUAGUAUCAAUCAAGGUAAAGUUGUGGAUGUUGAUGGUAUUAGCACUCUGUUCUACACGACUCAAGCUGUUGGAACUUACAUCAGUAAUCUUUAUGCUCAAGUCAUCGAAAGUACCAGUUCUUUAGUGGUAGAUGAAGAAAAGAAGGCUUUACAAACUGAUACACCGGCAACUCAAAGAACCGGAUUAGUAAGACUUAUCGAUGGAUCGAUUAUUCACUCUGAUACAACCAUAGUAUAUCAAUCUAAAGUCUUGGGAACGUUGAUCGAUGGAACUUAUGCUCAUAUAAUUGAAAGCACUUCAAGCUUUAUUACAAAAUCAGCAGAGCCAGUAAUCACUCCGACUGCAACUGUAUUAGAAGAAAUUACACCAACAGCUUUACCAAUAGCUCCAUCUCCUGUAGUUAUAGAAGGUUCUAUUAGUGAUUCAUCUAAAGUUGAGGAAGACGAUACAGAAUCACCUGAAGAAGAAGAAGAAACAAGCACUGAGGACGGAGACAAUACCAGAGUCAAAUCCAGGUUAACGUUCUCAUCUCGCAAAAGAACAUUUACUCCGGUGAUCAGACCGUUUGCUUCGAGACCUAAACCGACGUUUGCUCCGAAACGUAAAGGAAGUAAACCAAGUGCGACAACAAUAACCAGAAGCGAUUUCACGCCAACUGUAACAGCGAUUCCAGCAUCGAAAUCCAGAGGUUUCGGAAAUAACAGAAAGAGUUCUUCAUCGAUUCAACCAGCUUCAGCCUCGGGAAGCCGCAGAUUUACUAGGCCUAAAUCGAGCACCUUUGCUAGUAACAUUGGUCCAUCGUCUACUUACUCUCCUAACAGAGGAAGAAGUUCUGGAAGAGUACAACCAUCCUCGGCGUUCGGUUCGAGUUCCCGUAGAAGCGGUUUCCGAUCCUCCACUCUAUCAUCUUCCAUUCCAAGACCCAGCUCUGCCUACAAUGGCAACAAUAGAUUCAGAAUUAGACCAACAUUGGCAUCCACUUUAAGCAGAGGUUUGAAUACCGUUACCGUACCUUCGGUGGUUAGCGACGAAGAAAACGAUUUGACAACUCAAGUUACCGAUAAUCCAGAAGAUUUGGAAGCUACCACCACCGAAUCCUCCUCCAGGCGCAGUCAGAACCCUCUGCUGAAAUUCCGCAGACCGCCAAUUGCUAGACCACCGACGACUCCAAGAAGUCUCAAGGGUAGCAAGAACACCAAGAAAGUAACGACUACUGCUAAACCUGCCGCAAGAAGUCUAUUCAAUCGACCAAGUUCAAAUUCCAUACAGAAUAGAGCAAGGCCUAAUAAUGGGCUGUUCCCAAGAAGGAAUCUAUUUACCACUACAACACCACCACCGGAGCCAGAAGAGGAGGAAGAAGAAGAAGAAGAUUUGGCCGAAGAUAUUGAUUAUGGAGAUCGCGAUGAUGAGGACGAUGAUACAGAAUACGAAAGUUCAGUGAACGAUGAACAAACAGAAGUUGCUCCUGAACAAGCGAGAAACGGACGUGCUUUCUCUCCAAUUCAAAUAAGACCAUUCGCUGGGCUAAAAAGGCGCUCCAAGAGAGAAACAGCUUUGGAUGCAUUCACUCAAAUUCAGAUCCGCGAGAAGAGGCAGUCUUUCUCACGCUUCAGACGGCCCGGUCUUCAACGAACUACAACGACCACUGAAGCUCCACCACCACCUGAAACUGAAGCUCCUAAGAAACGUGGAAGAUUUGCACCAAAACCAAGAAUACACGAACGCGCCCGUACUGAACACACUCGCAAUGAACACACGACGCAAAGAAUCGCUCCUUCGAGACCAACACACGGUAGAUCUCAAUUCACAUUAAGAGAUACCAACUCGAGGAGCAGCUUCAAAAGACCAUCGACUGAAGGCUCGAGAAUCAGGAAGCCGACUCCAAGACCAUCGUCGAGGUCAAGAUCACAGACUGAAAGUAAUUCUAGACCUAAAACAACGAGCAGAGCUAGACCGAAGAGCCCGAGGAGAGGAACUACCGCCAGCAGACAACGCGCCAAUAAUCAAAACAAUCAAGAAAACGAAACGAACUUUGUUCUUCCUAAAUCUGAUGGAACCAUCACGGUUACUCAUCAAAUACCCAUUGAAGUAACCAUUCCUGUUGUAAAUGGUAAGAUUACCGAAUACAGAAAUGUUGUAACAGCACAAUUGAGUACGGAAGUCUUGACACCGAAACAAUACUCAACAACAACGAAUCCCUACGGAAAAGACAUUACGGUACUUUUAAGUGAAUCAACAGGAUUUGGAGCUAAUGGAGCAACGCAAAUCACUAAAUAUACAUUGAACGAGUCUCCAACCACCACAGUGAUCUUCACUCCAACAACAAUCCGAGGUAGAAGAACCUCUUUCUCACACGUAAUCCCAAGCACAGUUUACGUUGUCGAACCUGUAGUGAACACAAUCGCUCCUCCACCGUUAGCGCAAGGUCCUCUAGCCAAUAUACUUCUUUCACAAUUAUUACUUGGAAACAAUCCAAUCCAGCAACAGCCCAAUCUUCUAGGCUUGCAAAAUCAAGUGGUAGCAGGCACUCCAACUACUGAAUAUAAAACAAGAACUACAACCUACGUGACUACAGUGACAUCUGAAACCUCAACGGUAAUUCCACUUACGUUCAGAGGAAAAGAGAUAUUGACGACAAUCAUAGAUUCGAGCGUUAACGUGAUUACCGCCACCGAAUUCUUAACUGAAACUGUUGUCGUUACACCAACUCCGUUGCUUCAACAGAAUAAUCAAUUAAACAGUUUACUGGUUCCUUUCUUAUUGCAACAACAACAGCAGCAGCAACAACAACAAGUAUUCCAACAACCUAACAUAUUCCAAUCGCCUGCUGGAGUUCUAAAUUUAAAUAAUGAAGAGUUAUUCAAGCAAUCGCUGUUUGCCGCUCAAGAUAAACAGAACUUGGCUAUCGAAGAUGAGGCGAUUGAGAGAUAUCAAACCGUUGAUGAUGUUACUGAACCUCCCAAGAGGAAGAGUUCAAGAAAGAAGAACAAGAAACCGACGCCAAGUCCACCACCGAAGGAGACGAGCGUAAUAACUCUUUACGUCUCUGGAAGAACUCCUGGUGAAUUCAGUACCAUACUCUCAACUGUUGUGGUUGGUGAAGAUAAUAGAAAGAAGAGGGAAGCAAGUUACAUUCCUGUGGAACCAUCGAGAGUUAUCCCGCAGAUAAUCCUGACAACUUUAGAUCAGCAUUUGAUGCCUGCAAUUGGAGACUUUGAUUUCCCUCAAGCUUCGAUUCCCACGGAGAGUUUGGAGAAUGUGAUAGAUGUGAGCAAGCAAUUUGUUACUGAGAGUCCAUACAUUAGACCAACUAAAGCGAAGAUUGCAAUAAACCAAUCUUCCGGUAAUUUUUUAGCGUUGGAAGAGUACCUGGGGCAGCCUUCGGAUAUACCGAAGAACUACCACAGGAAGCGGAUUAUUGUUAAGAAGAGGAAGAACAGGAGGAGAGUUGUUGUUACUAAGAAGAGGAUUUUGAAUCCUUCAACGAAAUUGAAUGAGGAUGAAGGAGUGGUUGUUAAACCUACCAGAAGGGUUAGGGUGAGGAAGAUCAAGCACACGAUUAGUCCGAUCUCCCAAACGUUUGCUAGUACUACGGAGACUUACUUCAGUAGCUCCGAAUUCAGUACUAAUCACAGUGAGAGUUUUAAAGAUUUAGCAAGUACUGAUGAUUUCAAUAGCUUAGAAAAUAAAUUAGAUAACAUAAAUAACAAAAAUAAAGAUAAUGACGACAAAGAUAUAAACGAAAAUAAAAAUAUAGAUGAUGAAGAUGUAGAUGAUGACGAUACAGAUAUAAAAGAUGAAGAUGAGAUGGAAGAAGAUAAGGUUUCGGAAGCAAGCGGGAUCGAACAUAUGCAAGAAGUUGUAACACCGCCCGUUUCGGUUGAUUCAGAAGAGGAUCUUGAAGAUGAAACGCAAACUGCUAACUUCAUAGACUUGGAUUCGUCCACGGAAACGCACAAGUUUUUCGAGGACAGCGAAGAGAAUUUGAUCACGAAUAAAUCCUUACCAGAAUACGAACCAUUCUUUCCCGAAAUAUCCGAAUCCAUCGAUGCGUCAGGUCUUCUAGCGAAGACGACGGUGAUAACGGCAGUCGAGACAAUCACGAAAACAACACUGCAAAGUAAAUUACGUACGUACACUUUUGUCGUUACAAGGGUGAGUGGCGAUGAGCAAGUAAUUACUUCGACGACCGAAGUUAAACCGCACACGAAGACAGUAACUAUCACUGAACCUACAACUAGAUACACGACUUUGACUCUACUUGACUUGGACGCUACUGAAACUAUACCUUUUAUACCAAUGACUGUUACCCCAUCCAUGGAAUCCUCAAAAGAACCUAGCAUCCAAGAUGAUAGAGGUAGAGCUUUAGAGGAGGCAAGAUACAAUUUAGCUACUAGAGUGAUGUCCAAUGGGGUGGAGUUGAUUGUAGCUGGAGACAAGAGCACUCUUCCAGGAGAUUACAGGAGAGUGCUUCCGAACACUCAGAAAGCGGUCACACUGAAACCGUCAACUGUUUCCAAUAACAUGAUGAUGGUAAUACCAACAAAUAUUGAAAGUUUGUCAUCAUCUUUGUAUCCAAAUCAAUUCGUUACAAAGACCUGCUUGACCACUUUCACUUACUUGACCACUUAUCUGGACAAUGGAACUACAACUGUGUCUAGUCACGAGCAGGUUGUGUCCAAUAUUGCUACGGAAGAAAGGAAUACAGGAAAAAUCCUUGCGACACCAACGAUGGGAAUCACUUUAACUCAAUAUCCAAAAUUGGAGGUUGGAACUUUCGUGACAACUUACACUUAUCUCAACACGAUUUUGGAUGGUGAACAACCGUUGGUGGUAACAUCUAAAAAAGUUGUUACAAACACCGUGACAGCUCCAGAUGAUUACCUAUCUCUGUUCAGAUCAAACGAAGAACCCAUCAAGCAUACAAACACCUACUACAGUACAAUUGGAUUGGAGAAAACUUUGUAUGAGGGCCAAAUUUCCAAAGUUGUGAGCACUAAUGAAGUUGUUACGCAAGUCGUGAUAACUGAGUCGGUUCCUGUUAAAGCUACAGCCACGAUGACUUCUUACAUAGCGGUCGAUAAACCGCAGGAAUCUGAAACGGUGAAGACGUACUUUGUGACUUACACUUAUAACGAGACUCUGGUGGAUAAUGGAAAUACGGUGACUAACCGAAGAGUUGUGACUUCAAGUGAUGUAGUCACGGAAAAGCUAUUCUUGCAGCCGAAGAGUAUCAUCAACUCAGCACCAAUUGCCAACAAAAAAAAGAACGAAGCUUUGAAUAUUUACGCAACAAAGACUUAUUUCACCACGUUCACUUAUCUGACGACUCUGGAGACUGUAAGAGAUAAUAACACUAGUACAGUGAUAAACUCGCAUUCCAAGAUCGUUGAGAAUAUUGUCACUGAAUCUGUGGAUCAUCAGCAGUUCGAUAAGAAGGUGUUGAACUCUUUAAAGAAGGAGGUCAAAGAGGGUGGAACGAGUAUCACAAAAGUGGUAACCUUAAACAAUGGCCAAAAAUUAGAAAUUACAGCGGUACCAAAAAUCAAACCCACCAAAGUUUUACCCAUUGAGAAGACGAAGAUGCCAGAAAUUUCGAGCUCGACUCCAGUAAUCGAGUCCUCGAAACCAAAUGUUAUAACCGGAUCGACCAUCAUUUUCGUCGAUGACGAUCCAUUCGCUCAAAGCACACCCUCUAUCAAGACGAAGUCAAAAAACGCGUUGAACUCUCUGCUGAGUUCAGAAAUCGUUAAGCAGACCAAGCGAAAGGUUGCCCCAACUAAGUCUUCCUCAGCGAAAGCUGAAGGAAGCACGAAGAGGAAGCCUGGAACGAACAAGGUGGCCAAACCAGCGGCAGCCGCAAGUCCCGUUUCAAGCUUACUGGGUUCAAUCAACAUCCAAGCCUUGACGCCUGUUCUGAAUGCAAUGGCUGGCCUCAUCCAACACAAUUUGAAAGCGCCUCGACGAAACGAUACUGUCGUAACGACGACGACACCUAGAGUCGAGGUAGUGGAGAAUGAGGUGCAGAACAGGUCCCCCAUCUACAUACCAGUUGGAGGCUUAACGGACAUCGAGACAGCAGAGAGUGAAAAUAUAGCCGUAAGUUGGCACGACAUGAAGAACUUGAUAGGAAAAUCAACGCACGAAAGUCCAUUAUUGACCGGUGGAAUACCAAUUUCACCUGGCGAAAUCAUCACAACAAAUUCGGACGUUAUCGUCGGUAAACCUGGAAGAAUCGGUCCAAGGAUACCAGCCAUUCCUUUGAUCAAUCCAGAUGCAUCCACCAUUAACCCACAAGACAUUCAGGGAAUGAAACCACCCCCAGCACCUGUAAGUUGGCUCAAAAGGUACACCGAACAGCCAAGCGUAAAUCACGCAUCCAACAACGAUUACGAAGGAUCUCCUCCGAAAAUACCAAUCAGAGGUGCAAACUUGGUUCGCAAUAAUAAACCACAACAUACGAUUCCUUUCUUGAAGAACUCUGAAAUCGAUUUGAUCGUGCGUCCGUCUCAAAUUUUACUUCCCGAAGUAAUCGAAAGAUCGACAGGUCAACCUUUGUUGGUUAAUAUUCAACCAUCUCAGGUGGCUUUUGUCAACAUUCCGCACAACAGGACGACGGCUCUUAUAUACGGAGGAUCCACUGAACCUCACGUCAAUGGUCAAUACUUCGAUGAUCCAUCGCCGUAUCCUCAACCAGAGUUUUCGGCGAUUGAAGCCUUCAACAACGGAGUACCUCAAUUCGCUUCAGUCUACAAUCAAAAGGAAGUUGGCGGUGUUAUUAAAGUUGCAACGCAUUCGAUGCCAAUAAGCGAGAUCCGUCCAUCCAGACCGCUCAUCCACAUCGAAUCUCACGUCAACAAUCACGAUAUUAACGUUGAUGUCCCACCGUUAUCCUUCAGCUUGAUGAAUCAAGGAAACGAUUUCAGUGGUCACAUUAUAAACCAUGCGGACGUUCAGCUUCCAUCAUUACCAUUCAACAUUGAUAAACAUGCAAAUCAACAUAGACCAAGACCACCAUUACCCGAUCUGAAGGAUUACUUGAUACCUCCACCCAUGCAAGGCGCUUACAAUCGUCCUUCUAUUCCAAUCAAUUUGGAUGAUAUUGGUGAUCACACUGAUGACGAUUUACCAAAUGAAGCAGGAGAAGUUAUCCAAGAAUCUAACAGUAGACCUCUUAUUCCGGGACAGGUGCCGUUCGAGGUGCUGAAAGCAAAUGCCACGAAUUACGCUCAAGAAAACGAAAUCAUCAAUUUCAAGCCGAACAUCGAGCAGCCAAGACCUUUCGAUCGCAGAUCGACGACCCCUCCACCAUUGACCAACGAAGUGUAUCCAGAGCACAGGAUCACGAAUCAAGCAAAACCGGUGCACCACACUCCAAGGCCGCAACCAAACUUUAUUAAAUUCCCGAGCGAACCGAGACCAAUCAACAGGAUCAAACCGAACGAAGAAAUUAACAGACCCACAGUACCGUUCGGCGUUCGUAUUAAACCCAUGGAUAUUCCAUACCAACGACCAAUUCCUACUAGCAACAAUAACAUGGGAGUGCUCAGGUAUCCACCGAAUAAUCAAUACGUGCAUAGAUAUCCAGAACGACCAUCAAUUUCUCAUGGUAACGUUCAAACUCGUUAUCCACCACAUGGUAAUCAGCAAUUUACCAACACGAAGAACAAUAACUAUGGUUCAUACACUAUACCUCCUACUGUCUUCAACGGAACGUAUCCCACUUCGUUAUUCACUAUUGCACCGAGCAUUUACAACCCCGGAGGAAACUUGUUCACCGUGCCAUCAAAUCCGGACAACAAAUUCCAGCAACAUCCUCAGGUGAAUAGAAUUAAAUUGAACCAAGGCGAAGUACAGAGACCGACAGUUCAGUUUAUCCCGAACGCUCAUGAAGGAGUACCCAAAGAAAACGAAAUUCGUCGUCCACAAGUUACCAAUGAAAUUAUCAUUCACGAAACCACCACCCAGAGGAUUGUACCAACAACAAAUAGGAUUCCAAUCCGCGAAGGAAACUUCAAGAAACCGCAACCUCCUGUUAACAAUAUCAAACCAAACGAUAAUGCUGGAUUGAUCAUUUCGCACGAGUUCAGCAAUUACGUUAAACCGAUAGUUUCGCAGCACGUUGUUAAAGAACCAACGAACAACGUUAAUCCGGGCGUGGUAUUGCAGCCUCGACCUCCGAUUGUGCAGAAUGUAUUCGGUAGCAGGAUCGAGGGAAAUAUCCAUUUGCAGACAACGUCUAACAAGAAACCGACUGUUUCUCAGGGAAGCAGCAACAAGGAAGUCUACGUAAGAGAAAGUCACGUUCCAAAUACAGUUGUGCAAAGGCCCGAAGUUGUUGCAAAACCUAUACAGGUACAGCCGAAUCUGGUAGCGAACCACAGCACGAUUACUAAAGGAAAAUUACCGGAAGUUAUAGAAACGUACAGGAAACCGAUUCGCGUUAUCAAUAAUAAAGGUGUUGGUGUAUCUUCGGAAAUUAAAGUGUCGAACGCUUCUUCAGCUGGUGGAAUUGUCGUCAGACCUGAGAACCAGCAAACCAACCAGAUUAACCACAAAGAAUCCAACGUUAUUAUUCAGCCAGGUCCAAAUAUCUAUGCUAACGUGUUCGAAUACACCAGACCACCACCAACGUCUGAAAGGAAACGAUACAGCACGACAAGACCGAGGAUCACCUCUUUGCCCAUUGAUACCAAACCAAAGCCAGGACCAAAUCCCUCCUCUCAAACGGAGCAACCGUUCAAUCGCGUUUACACCAAAUCCACAAGCAAUUACUUUGGAACGCAAAACGUGGUCAUCAACAGCACACCGAAGUACAAACUUAACAUCGGCGAAAUCGAGAGUAUCAACGAGCAUUUCGCUAAUACCACAAUGUACGAUAUAGAAAUAAUGAAGCCACCACCGCCGAUUGUACCAGAGGUAAACAUGGUUCCUCCCAAAGUCGAAGUGUUAACACCAACCGACUUAGAAACUCAAGCGAACACUCCGAGACCUUAUUUACAAGGAAUCAACGAAGUUAUUGGUAUGAAACCUCCGGUUAAACCUAAUUACUCGAUCGAAAUGCAUCCACCGAAACCGGUGCCAACGCAAGCUGUGCGAAUCAGGAGACCAUCCACAAGAAGAACAACAGAAUCUCCACUCACUAAAUUGCAAACUUACUGGGAUCAAACUGUACCAACAACAACACCGACGAUAACGAAUAAACCUAAGGUGACUAUUCAUUAUCCGGAAGUUAAACGCAACAGAACAACUCCAAAUUACUUUGAAAUUACAAGGAAACCGUAUUUGGAAGUUCGUAGAAACAACACUAAGUUGCAAGAAGAAGUGACCACAACUACUUUGAAGCCCGUUCGCGUUUAUACUGAAAUGAAUAGGACUAAGAUCAGCGAUAAUCUGAAUACCACCAAAAUACAGGAAGUUAUGAUAAAAAGUAAGUUCAAUUACACGGAAAUUGUGAGAAACAAAACGAAUGUUGUUACAACGACUACUGAAGUGGUCGAGGAAACAACGACGACCACAACUGAACAUACAACGACAACUACCACUGAAGCGACUACUCCUAAACAAAUUGUAAUUGAGGAAUCGGUGAAACCGGUAGUUAGAAAUGAAGUAACACCUACUUUGAAGCAUACUCCUAUUUUACCAACUGGUACCGUGGAAACUGUAGAACUCGAGUUACCAGUGCCUACCACGACUAGAAGAAGGGUUGUUACUUCCAUAUUCAAGAGGCCGAUCAAUGCUAAACCAAUUCAACCCACGCAAACGUCAACUGUAACAAUAACCAUAACAACUGUUGUUAAAAGUUUGGGUGGUCCACCAUCUACUAUCACAAGAUUAAUCACAACGACCGUUCAAAGCAACAUCGUUGAUACAAUAACCGAAUUCCAUACGUUGCUGAAGCCGACGACUAUUGCAGAAACCAUCACCACGACGAUAAAACCAUCCACUUCUUCUUUGUAUCCAAGCGACGCAACUUACGGAGCUUAUCCAAUUAAACCCACUGCGGUUAUCGAACCAAUUGAACCUACGAUCAUCAUCGAAGGUACUGCGAGCAGCGAAGACGAGUUGGAAGAUUUCAUUAUCCGAGAUACCGAUCCACCAAUCGUUGAGGAACCGUCCAACGAUAGUGAAUCUUUCUUCGUCGUUAUGAACGAUAAGAACCAAGGAAGCAUCGUGAAGAUUCCCAAGGAGAAUCGCGAGACUCAACAUCGCGAUGAGAUGAUCGCAAAUAACGAGGUGAAUCGCAUUCUGAGUGGAGAAAUUAUAAUCGCUCAUCCACCAAGUCUCGACACGAACAUCAUUAUCAGCGAUAAGUGUUUGCCAGAGUGCAAGCCCUCUAGGAAUGAGCUGUGCCAGAGGGUGGAGGGUGUUAUGAGAUGCGUCUGCAGGCCAGGAUUUGCAAGGAUGUUCCCGGAUAGACCGUGUAAACCAACGUACACGUAUACUUUGAACAUAGUCUUGGAUAGGCAUGGAAAGGAUAAAUUGCACUACUCGGAUUCCCUCAACGAUACUUCGAGUACGCAAUUUUUGAAACUCGCUGAAGCCACGCAGGAUGGGUUACAUAGGAUGGUCAUGCAGUCAGAUUUCAGGGACAUCUAUCACGGUGUCAGCGUGAAGAAAUACGAACCUCUAGCCGAUUCCGAUGCUGUUUUAAAUAUAUUCACUUUACAACUUUCGGAUAAUACAGAUCAAACUCGAUUGGAGGAUGUCUUCAAGAAGUAUCUGAGGAAUAACAAUUACAGUUUGGGUGGAACCGAUGUCUACGCUUCCAAAGAAGUUUUGAACCAUUUGCGAGCCGAAGACUUCGAUGAAUGUUCCGAUUCCAGAUUCCACGAUUGCUCCGAACACUCGCAAUGCUUCAAUUUGCGAGGAACGUACACUUGCAGUUGUCGCGAAGGAUUCGCGGAUCUCUCCGAGAAUAUGCUGUACCCAGGUAGGAUUUGCUCUGCAGAGUUGAUAGGAUGUGAGAAGUGCCAUUACCAUGGUACUUGUUACACCAGAGACGACGAUCAAAUCCUUUGCGAGUGCUUCCAAUGGUACGCUGGAGAUUCAUGCCAAGUCAAUCUUAAAGUGCUGCUGAUUGCUUUAGUGACGCUAGGAGCAAUACUCUUCACUCUAUUGAUGAUUUGCAUAGUGAUAACCUGCGCCAAACGGAAACCGAAGCAAAAUCCGAUGAGUUUCUUACCACAAAGGGUUCCGGUUAGAAGAGGCAGUACGAUCGACAGGAGGGCCAUGAUACAGGACAGCAGUUCCGAAUCUGGUCACUCCGAUACGCUUCCGUACGUGCCAAAGAAAGCUCCAAUCAAAGGAGCCCUCAAGAAGCCCAAAUACGAAGACCAAAAGGACCGUUCGUUAACUGUCAUGAUCCCAAGAGCCAAGUACCAUCCGGCUCCGCCAACAUCACCUCAAGUCAACAAGAAUAGCAAUUUUGAGAAGAGGAAGAUGUCGGCUGGGAGCAGCAACGAGGCUAAAUUGCUGAGUUACUUGGAUGCCGGUCCAUCUCCUAACAAAGGUGACCAGAGGAAAUUCAGCAGGGCAAGUGACAGCUACGCCGGAUCCAGAAAAACAUCAGGAGCUUUGGUAUCGGCUGGAUUCGAAGUGUCCGCAACUGUUGGACCUAAUAUGGGCACGCUGGGCACCACUUGCGGCACGGAAGCGGAUCGCAGCGAAAACGCAACACUGAUUCAGAAAAUAAGUGCUGAUUUACUCUCAAGUACAGGCACUCCGUCGCAGUUCAACACUCUGAGGAAAUCGAUUGCCGACACCGAUGAAGAAAUCCUAGAGAACUGGCUCGACAUAACGCCAAGAAUACAGACAAUAUCCGAAUCUCGUUCUUACGACGAAACGACAAUCCAACCACCGACGAAGACUUUACGAAGCGAUUACGACACGAAAUCAUCGCAUCACCAUCACGAUGAGGCAAAUACCAUGGCGGAGAGGGAUUUGGGUUCGACGUUCUUGCUACCCCACACGCACUUGUACAAACCAGACAGGGGAAGCGACAUAUCAGGAUUCGAAUCACUUUAGCAGCAGCAGCAGCAAUCAACAUCAUUAGUAGCAGCAGCAGCAAAGAGACGUCCUUCGUCCCGUUGAGUGUUGAAGCUCAAGGAAGAAUCAAAAGUGCCUUAUUGUGUGUGCGUGCGUGCGUGUGAAUGGUUUAUUUAUUUAUUAUUAGUGUGAACGUUCGAAAUUAAUUUUAAUAUUGUAACGGAAUUAAAAUAAUAUAAUACGAAGAAGAAGUAAAAGAAGAUGAAGGAUUUAGAAGCAAACAGAAAUUCACUUCAAUUAGGCCAUAAAAGCGGGAAGGAUUACACUUCCUUAAGCGUGAUCAAAACAGAGGGCUGGAUUUCGACCGGGUCCAAAUCCCGCCCUCCUUUUGAUGACGCCCUUUGAGACAAACAAAAAAAAAAUAAGAAAAGAAAACGAAGAAAGUUUUUUGCAUACUUUUUUUUGUUGAUUGAUUGAAUCUUCUUUUCCGUCUUUUCCUCCGAACAGAAAAACAAAUAAAUAUGAAUACUUUUCUCCUUUUCUUUCUAUAC